AUGGAGCUUGCCAUAUCUGCAGUAACAGGUGAACUGGUGAGCCGAUUCGUCUCCUUCCUCACCGACAGGUACCACUCAAGCCAGGCAUCCUCGCAAGAGAAGCAGUUGGAGAGGCUUCAGCAGCUCCUCCCAAGAGCUCACAUGGUCGUCGAGGAGGCAGAUGGGCGAUACAUCACCAACUCCAGGAUGCUGGCACAGCUCAAGGUGCUUGCAGAUGCCAUGUACCGUGGCUACUGGGCGUUUGACUCAUCCAAGUAUAUGUCGCUUGAGCUUGAGGAGACUUCCAUGGUGGAGGAAGAGCAGCAAGAGGUUAGCUACUCAUCUGCUCUCAAACGCUUUCGCACGAUUGACAGCAGGGCUAGGAAGAACAAGGCCAGGCACCUUCUUGAGGUUCGAGAAGUAUCAGAAAUCUUGGAGAAUGUUCUUGCUAACAUGACGGAGUUUCUUGUGAUUUUGGGUGGGUGUGAACGUGUUAUUCCACGUAGACCAUAUGAUGCAUAUCUUUACAACAUGAACAUCAUGUUCGGACGCCACGCUGAGAAGCAAACCCUCCUCAACUUCAUGUUGCACCAUGACUCUCAUGGCAGUGGAGGUUUGCCCUCUGUUCUUCCGGUCAUCGGCGCUCCUUUAGUCGGGAAGAGAACUCUUGUCGCCCAUGUAUGCAAGGAUGACAGGGUUCGCGCACACUUCUCUUCGAUCUUGCGCUUAAAUGGUGAUGUUUCCUUGUGUGGAAUAGCCGACCAUGGCGGCAGUCUCUUGUCAGGGAAGAAGAUUCUGAUCAUCUUAGAGCUUUACUCCAAUGUCGACGAGAAGGAUUGGGCCAAGUUCUAUUCAUCUGUGGCCAGCAUGGCUAGAGGAAGCAAGGUGAUCAUCUUAAGCCGGCAUAAAAACUCAAAGCUACUAGGAACCGUCAAGCCAAUUAUUCUCAACGCCCUGUCAUACGAGGAGUUCAGCUACUUGUUCAAGACACUCGCAUUCGGAAGCGCUAACCCAGCGGAAAACCUGCGGUUGGCACGGAUAGCAGAUGAAUUCGCCAAGGAGUUGCAUUUGGAAUGGUCUCUCGUCACGGCGAACCUGUUCGCGAAUGUGAUGCGAAGGAAUAUGGACGCCCGUUUCUGGCUAGAAAUGCUGAGCAGGUGUAGAAGAUUAGUCCGGAGGAACAUUUCCAUGUUUGGUGAGCACCCGAGGUUCCUUGUCAAGAGCCGUCAGGUGGAUGUCUCGGAUAUUGUGUUGUGUGAUCAUGCUGCUCCACUGAGCAUUGUAUCUUGUUCUAUUCCUGGCAGCAGCAGAACUGAAUUAGUUGCCGCGAGAAAGGAAUUGCCCAAGGUGGCGCUUGGGGAUUUGUUGGUAGAUCCCGGUGUUAGACCGAAAGGGGAGUUCAAUGUGUUCGUGGAAUCAAGGCUGCCACCUUACACUUCAUUUGUUCACUUCGUUCCAAACCGUUCUGCCCAAGAUACUCCUCAGUUAGGGAUGAAACGUCGAGGGGUGCCUUUGUAA